AUGGCGGACGAAGAUGAAGAAGACUACAUGUCGGAUAAAUUUCUGCUUGGCGAAGCGCAAAAUGCCCCAGGAUUAGUUCCAGAUAAGAUAGCAAAAAAGUACAAAAAAGAGUCAAAACAUAACGAGUUAAAUGAACGCAACAAAAUUAAACCAAUGCGAAUACGUGAGUCUGAACACAGAGAACAAGGUCUUGCGAGUGCUUUGGACAGCAGCAACAAGGGAUUUGCUAUGCUGCAGAAAAUGGGCUUUAAACAUGGAAUGGGUCUGGGAAAAGACGGUAUGGUUUAUUACUGUCUUCAAACUAAUAAUUAGUUAAUUUUUUAAUAAUAAAACUUAAAAUGUAGUGCCGUAAAUAAAUAUUUCGAGCAUACAAUAGUUGUCAAACGUGGUAGGUAGGCUACCACUUGUUACCUCUUCUCGCUUCGUUCCCCAAUCCCCUGGCUCAAUGUUGUACCCGUAACAACUUUUAGUUUUAGUCAACUGUAGUUGCCUGUCUCAUAGAGGUGUGAUUUUAGAGAAGAUUAACAGGACAAUUAUAAAAAAAGAUGUUGACUUUAAAAAAUGUAUGGGACUGUUCCGAAAUUUUUUCUCUUUCACACUGCCACUCACUCAACAACACAGUUGUUUUUGAAAAUCAACAUCACUGUUUUUCCUUUAAUAGUGUCUCUGUCUUAACAUUUUUUCCCCAUAGGGACUGGCAGAGCAGAACCAAUACCAUUGUCUAUAAAGGCAGGUCUGUAACAUUAUGUCUUCCAAAAUUACUUCUGCUGUUUGCAAUAUUAUUUAUCAUGUCAUCAGUUGGCUUGAUUAGCUCAAUGAGAUGAAGGGUUAAAUCUUUUGCAGUGGUCAGUUUUUUAACUCCUGACCAAAGUAUUGAUUUUUUUCUGCUGCUUGAGUUGGUAAGGUGACUGCUUCUCUUUUUCACAUUUUUUCUUUUUUAUAUAUUUUUUCUUCAUUAAGAUCGUGGAGGCCUUGGUCAUGAUAUGCUCUUAAAGAGACAGAGAGAAGUGAAAGAAGUGUUGAAACAUGAAGUUGCAAAGAAAAGAAUGAAGAUCGAGGAGAAUCAGAGACACAGUUUCAGGCAACACAUGAGUGGAAAGUUUGCAGAGAGACAAACAGCAAGUGACUUGUACAAGAGUCAGAAAGCAUGUGAACAAUUGGAUAGAUCAAAGGUAAAAAGAUCAAGUCUGACAAAAGUUGCUUUACAGCUCUUCAUAGAAUUAAAGGAAAACAUUUUAAUCACCUGGAGCCCUUGUGUAAAUGUCACAGAUCUAUAAUGGCAAAACCUUGCAAAAGUUAAUUUUUCAUAGAUUAUUCAAGGAAAUCCUCAAUAGUUGAUACUAACAAUGUGUUGUCAGGCAACCAACUAAAACACUUUCCCAAGUUCCUGGGUAAACAGGUAUAUGUGUACCAAAAAACAAUUAAAUAUUAUUAUUACCGUAUUAUGAUAGUGAUUCUAUUACACAGAUGUUCCCUUUCCAUGUGAAAGAAAGGAAAUAGGAGAUAUCUUCCUGCAGGCUUAUUCACCUGAAGUUUUUAAGUUCACUCAUGCUUACUAUAGAAGCACAUUUCUUGAAUUUUUUAGAUUGAAUUUUUGUGAAGUUUUUCUCAGAAAAAAUAGGCAGUAGCUUAGGAGAGUAACAUUAAGGUAUCCAAGACUCACUCUUGUCCCUCCCUCACGCCCAACCCAGGAGAGCUACUUGCUUGUAGGCCAAGAUAUCCAAUAUCAAAAGUAGGUUGAGUUUGAUCGUCCGGGUUAACGUAGUCCUGAAUAGGACUGUUGUUGUUGACAGUGACUGACGUUUCAACAACCUGUGCGGUAGUCAUCUUCAGAGUCAAAAUGAGUUGUAUCACGUCAGUUGAUGGUAUUGUACUCUGGUUAUUGAUCUGAUUGGUCAAUUAUGUCUUGAUGUUAUUGGUCGUCUGUCAGUUAAGCUGAGAUGUCAGUAAUAAUCUUGUUGGUUUUUUAGAUAAUGGUCAAUGUUAUAUAUUACAACUGCCGAGUGAAGAGUUAAAUGUAAAGAAGAUUAUUACGAUUGUAUAUGCAACUUAUUUGCAGUUGCAAAAGGAAAGCCUGAAUAGGAGUCAAACCUUUGACCUUGGCAAUUAUACCGAUGCAGCACUCUAAAAUUAAUGAUUGAGUUAACCAGCCAACUGGGAGCUGGUUAUCAUAAGUUAAUAUUCUUAGUUAUUGUUGGUUUACAGGACUUGCCAUGUGUUGUAAAGUGGUUUUGGCCCGAGACAAAACCUGAUAAUGAGGAGAGUGAAGAGGAGAAGGAAAAAGAUGGUACGGAGGAUGCAGAUGAUGAUGAUGAUGAUGAGGAGGACGAACCAGAGGUCUGCCAUAAAAAAUCAGUGUUUCUUUUUAUUAUGUUAUUCACUUCUAGGAGGGUCUACUUUUGAUUUUUAGACUCUGCUUUCUAGCAAAUUCCGUUACUACGCUUUUCAAAAACAUGCACGCUCUGAAGUUCAAAAGCCAACUGACGUUUGCAUUUUUCACUGCCAUCAAUCAUUUUAGUGGACCUCUUAGGAAACAGAACUUUACUUAAAUGGAUUCAAAAGGUCAUGAUUUGUGAUCUGUGAUUGGUGGAUUUCGAUCUGAUUUUGUUUCAAAGUUUGUUGCGUGUGAUCAUAAUUUUGAUUAAUGUCAGUGAAAAACACAUUAAAUUGUGAAGGCAGCUUUUGAACUUGAGAGUUUGCGUGUUUUUGAAAAGCACAGUAAAGAGUUAUUACUUUUGGAUCUACCAAGGAGGAACAGGACUGGAUUCAUGCAGAGCCCGGUGGCCCCUGGCGCCUAACUUUUGCUCACGGGUGACCAGAAAAUCUAAGUUUUUUCGUGCAAAUCAUAUGCUGGCCACUCUAGAUUUUACAGGUUGAGAGCAUUGGGCUCCGUUCAGUUUCCCUUAAAGAACAGCCUUGAGGAAAAGGGUGGAAUCUUUUCACGAUGUAGCAUUUGAAAAGCUAGUGAUUAACAUAUUCCCAUGCCAUGGUUAAUUUAAUAUUGAUAAACUUUUUUUAUAUAUUUGUUGAUUUUUUUUGUGUGUGUGUUAGCCAGCAGAAAAGCUUGUCCACCUCACUAUGUACCUCAGACGAACUCAUCAGUACUGUAUAUGGUGUGGCACCAAAUUUGACGGUAGGAAUCCUUCAAUUUGAACAAAAUGGUAGAAACGUUGCGUGUUAGCACAUAUCGACAUUCUAGUAGUAGGAUGUUCAUUCACGAUACAGGAUGUUUGUCACACGAACCUAGUUUGUUGCCUUAGCUCCCACGAGUCUCGGGUCGCUUAGUGGUAGAGCAUUUGGACUAGUCAUAGUAACCAGAUGCCCAGGGAAGGGGGGAGGGCGGUACUCCGGAUUUCAAGUGACGGGGAUGAUUAAAAGAUAUUUUUGGGUUUGAAAUCUUCAAUUCUGGGAUUUUUUGGUGGUAGGGAAAUUUGUAAAGUAUUUUUUGGGUGACUUGAUUUAAGUAGGGAUUUUGGGGGGUAUUCAAAACAGUCUGAAGAUUUGUGGUGGUGCCUGCGUAUCCCCGGGCCACGUAGUUCUGCAAAUAAAGUACAACCAAACUUGUUUUGCAACUUUUUGAAGCUUGGAAAUUCACCAUGGGAUUUUUUAAGGGGUUAAUUUUGGACCAGUGUUUUUGGGGGUUUUGUUGGAAGCCCUAGGGAUUGUUUCUGGGUUUUGAUGUUUGCCCCCAUUCGAUCAUCCCGUCAUUUGAAAUCCGGAGUACCCCCACCCCUGGGACCAGAAUGUCAUAGGCUCAUUGCCUGCAACAAGUUCUUCAGGGGUGCUCUGGAGGCGGUGCGAAAAAGUACCCUCGGGAGCCCUGGGAGAACUUGCUCUCAGGCUAGUUGGGAGUACUCAGAUAAGUUCUUCCGAGCCACCUGUGUCAUUGAUUAAAAAACAUCUUUCUCGUAGUCACCAGGCUCACAAUUCACUUUCACAUUUCUAUUUCAUUUCAGAUGAUCAAGACAUAGCAGACAACUGUCCGGGAGACACCGCACAGGAUCAUGAAUAACAGAUAAUUAAUGAAGAGACAAAAUACUGCACCAUCUGCAGGAAAAACAAUUAAUUAAAGCAAAACGUUUUAUCCCCUGCGCAAGAAAUAUGAGCAGCUGAAAAACAGGAGAAAGGGGUUAGUUUAUGAAGUGAAGACCUGAAGACGGCAGACAGGGAAGAGAGCAAUAAACUGAUGAACUUUUUUGGAGUUAACAUCGGGUGACUUUCAUGGUGGUUAGCGAUUAGGACUUUUUAUCUCAAAACGCGGAAAAUUUCCGCGUAAAUAUCUGCUCUUGUUUGGUCCAUUAUGCAAAGAGCAUUGCCACUCGCUUGAACAUAGCGCCUUGGGUAUAAAACCCCGUAAUGGACUCAGAUGGACCUCUUUGCAUUCCGCCCAGGAGCGAGUAUCAAUAUGCCUACAUCCAGCUGGUCCAUGUCAGAUCUGAGGACUGCCGUAGAC